GUCAGCUUUCUCAUGUGUAAAAAAUGAAUCUAAGAAUAGCACCUUCUUAUUUAGAGAGUCUUGAAUGAGAUCAUGUAUGUCAAGGGCUUUGAAAAUUAUUAAUUGCUGUAUAAAUAUUAUUUGUAUUAAUCUAAACUUAUUGGAGAAAAUUGUGGCAUCAAAGGAAACAAUUGUAAUAUUUUAAUAUGUUUACAAAGAGGUUUGAUACAUAUGCCUUCACUGCAUGUUCCUAUUUAUGCUAAUAGGACCCCCUCUAUUUAAUGCAUAUAUGGAGAUCACCAAACCUUUAUUAAGGGUUCUAUGAAAGAAUUUAAAACCCUUUGUCAAAAAUUUAAGGGCCCCAGAAUAAGAUGAAGUGGGAGUACUUUUUUAUAGCAUUAGAUUUAAGAACCUCUCAGAAUAAAAACUGAACGUCUGUUCUGAUUGGAUACUGAGAUUUGAAUUAUAAUGCAGGUAAAUUGUAAUGGUUGCUUGGUAUUUACCAAGCAGAGGUUACAUUUUUAGUUUAUGCACCAAAUAUUUAUAAAGUAAACUGAAGCCAUUUUUUUGUUUGCUUUGUAGUCAUAUGAUCUUUAUGUGUUCAGGUUUGGGAGAUAGUUAUCGCUUGCAGGGUAGUAGCAAGCGAGUCAGUGUUGGGAUGAAGACUUAAAAACAUUGAUCCCACUAAAAUCUGAGUGUUACUGUGAAUUUCACACUGUGAUACUGUGAGAUACCUCUCUAACAAAUGGUGGAAACCCAUGUCGGUUUCUUUCACAUCCAUUUUACAUGCCUAGGGUUCUCUAUUUUAGGACUUCCUCACUGCUCCUUUUCCCCUGCUGUGGGGUUGAUAUUUUGUGAUCUACUUGAUUUCUUAUCCUAUAAGUCACUUCUGUCAGUCAUCAUUAAUGUCUUCCUCCUUUCCGAGUAUUGAAAGAAUCAUACUUAGAAUGAGAUUUGGCAAAAUUUGCAUUGGCCUCUCCAAAUUAAAUUUCAGUUCCAGGGAUGUGUGUGUCAAUAAUCAUGAUCACGGUGGGUUUUUUUUCCCUAAAACAAAAUGAGGUCUCCAUUUAAAGAAGCUGUAUACUUUUGUUGGGGCUUCAGAAACAUUCUUGAAGCUGAUCAUAGUCGCCUUCGUGAAUCACAUUAUUUUUGCCCAUUUCUAUCCCUAAUGAUACAGAGUUUUGAAUAGUCCUAAAUUAUGCUGAUGGAAAUAAUUUAGGGACCUAGUCUAUUUCCUUUCUUUUCCUCUUUUGGUACUGGGGAUUGAACUCAGGUGUUCUUUGCCACUGAGCUACAUCUCUACUCCUUUUUAUUUUUUAUUUUGAGACAGGAUCUCACUAAAUUUCUAAAGCUGAUCUCCAACUUGCAGUCCUCUUAUCUCAGCCUCCCGAGUCACUGGGAUUAUAGUUGUGUAGCACUGAGCUCCACUUGGUUCUUUUCUUGUAAAAGGGAAAUCGAGGCCCAAAGAGAUUAGGUGCCCUUAUUAAGUAGGGUCUUUCAGCUUUUAUGUGGUGGUUGGACUGUGCAAGAUCAGAGAUUUCAACUCUCUCUCAAUUCAUUGCAUGUUCAUUUUAUUCCUCUAGGUUUUUACUUUUUGUCUUCUAUGUUUUGUUUUCUUUUGGUAUAUCCAUACAGGCUUACUAUUUGGAUAUAGAAGGAACAGAGAGAAAAAUAGGCCAUGGAGGAGGUUCAGAGGUUUCCAUAUGGAAUCUGUUAGUUAAGAAAGUCUGCUGUGGCAGCAGACUUAGCAUCCCUUUUGGGAUCUGAAGAUCUCUUGCCUCAGCCAGUUCCUUAUUCAAAAAAGUGAAAAUUAGCUAGGAGGCUAAUGGUGCCCACCUGGCUGAGAUAUUCCAGAGAGUUAGGUUUCUUUUAUGCUGUACAAGGAAGUGAACAAAGCUACAGACAACACCUGUAUGCCAAUUAGAGUUAUUUAAUUAUUCUAUUAAUACACUUCAAGAACAAGUUUGUCCUAAAAUAACUUUGGGUCUAGUUUUUCAAAUAAGUCCUUAAGCUAAUCUAUAUUUAAUAAAACAAAGAUCCCAAGGUCAUGUGAAGUAUUUGACAAGGUUAAAAUAGAAGUCACUGUUUAUGUAUUCCCCAAGUUAUAUUUUAAAUGAUGCUAACUUUACUUCUUCCCACUAGCAAAGUGGUAUUUAGUUUGUGUAUGUGUUCAUGUGUAUUGGGGUAGUUGUGAAUUUUGGGGUUUUUUUUUUUUGCAAAUUUUGAAAGACUGUCUUGAAAAUAAUUUUAAAUUUUCUUAUCACCUUCAUCAUUUGAACAAAAGCCAUUGAAAAUUAUGACACAGUUAGAUGACAUGUAACUCAUGUCUGCAUUACACAAAAGUUUCAGUUUUCUUUUCACUGCAUCAGCAUUGGGCCCAGCUCAUGGGGACUUGGGUUCAGAUUCUAUCUGUGGAAUAGAAUCUUAUCUCUCUAUUUCUCCCCAUGGCCUACUGUUCAAUAGCUUUCCAAAAGUUUUUCUUAGAGUAUUAUAAAAGGGGCGACUGAAGGAAAAAAGUGAAGAUACAUUCCAAUAUAAAGAAAGAACCAAAGAGAAAAACACCUUGUAAAUGUUUAACUUUAAAGUGCAUAACAUAGCUUGUGACCUUGUGUUACUUAGUUCAAAGGAAGAAAAAAGACUAAAAUAAAAUGACCGUAGCAAACUAUAGUGCUGAUUCACAUAGUUAUCCUUUAUUCUUGGAAGUACUGUCAUUUUGGUUCAUCUCCAUGGUUUCAAUUACAUAGAAAACUAAAGGAAAGAUCUGCUUGACUGGAAAUAUCCAGAUAAAAUUAAUUUUUUCUUUAUGUACCUAAGCUAUAUAAUUUCUACCUUGAGGAAAGUUGGAUACUUUAUACUUUUUUUCAUCAGUUUACUAUACAUGUGGUUUUUAUGUGGAGACUUAAGAAAUGUAUACAUGAGGCUGGGGAUGUGGCUCAGUGGUAGAGUGUUUGCCUGGCAUGCAUGAAGGCCUGGGUCUGAUCCUCAGCACACACACCCCCAAUAUAUAUGUGUGUGUGUGUGUGUGUGUGUAUACACACAUAUAUUAUGUACAAUAUGUACAUACAUACACACGUUUACAAGUAAAAUUUUACUCAGGAUCUAACAAUCGGUAGGGAAUACUGAUGUUGUAUAUCAAGUGUUAGAAACUGAUCUGAAAGGUGCAGGUAAAGCACACACAAUUCAGAAGAAGGAAGACCUUGCUUUAGAAAUAAGGAGGGCAGUUUAACUGGGUGUUGGACUUACAGAGAUAAGAACUAGGACAUUCUGGGCAUGGGGAAUAGCAGAAGCAAGGUCAAGAUUCGCAAAGUGUAGCUUGGGCUGAAGAGAGCAAUAAAUGAGCCACUCUGUUGAGAGCAUAAGGAAAUGAGUUAAGGACAGGAAUGGGUAGAAAGAGAAAGAAGUCUGGAGAAGUUGGGAGGUCUUGACUGUUCACAUAUGAACAGUCUAACUUUGGUGACCAUUGACUAAAGAGUAGUAGACUAUCAGAGCUGUGCUGUUUUAAAAUUUAUUACAUAUCCUUAUGUAAAAUGAAUUUGAAUAGAAGAUGCUAGAAACUUACAUGGAGUUGACAAGGGCCUGAAGAGAGAUAGUGGCAGUAUGAGAAAAGGUCAGGAGAUGGACACUGUUGCAACACUAUUACUACAGAAUUAGGCAGUUGACUAGAAUUAAGAAACAGGAGAAAGGAUUCCAGGAGAUUUCAAGCCUGAGUGACUGACAGAAACAAAAAAGUUAGAAGGAGCAAGUUUGGGGAAGGAAGACAGAUUUGAGUUUGGGCAUGGGGCAUUUCAGUUCUGGGUAGCUUUGUGGUUGGAAAUGUCAGGCAGUUUAUACAUUCAGGAUUGGACCUUUGGAGAGAUAUCAAAAUUAGUAAUGUAUAUUUGGAAUUUAAACUCAUAGAAGUUGUAGCUGAACCUGGAGGUUAGAUGGGAAAGAAUUAAGGGAGAGAAUGGACCGAAGAAAAAAACUUCAUGGCAAAGAUGGAAACAAAAAUGGUUAGACUCUAAAGUUAGAAAUCCAGAAGCACACUCAUUGGCAUCUUCUAGGUCAGUGUUGUUAAGUUGUUUUGAUUGUUUUCAGAGUGAGCAGCUCCCAUGUGGAAGUUGUGUGUGUGUGUGUGUUUAAUUUUAGUUGUUGAUGGAACUUUAUUGUAUUUAUUUAUUUAGAUGUGGUGCCAAGGAUCAAACCCAGGACCUCAUACGUGCUAGGCAAAUGCUCUGCCACUGAGCUACAACCCUAGCCCAUGGAAGUUGUGUUCUUAUUCUCAAAAGUAACUUUUGUUCAUUUUGUUCAAAACUAGAGAAGAUAAUUCUCCUUAUUCAGUUAGGAAGGUAAAGGUGUUAUUAUUAGCCUACAUCUUCCUUAUAAUAAUUUGAGCACUGUGUGUACAUGAUUCAUAAUCUUAAAUGAAUAUAAGUUCAGGCUAAAAUAUGCCAGAAGCUAAAAUUUUCUGUCUGUGUCUUGACAUGUGAAAGAUUAGAGAAAUAACAGCCCCUAGAAUCUCAUGGCCUUCACUUGUUCUGAAGAUGCACAGAUAUUUCCUUGAGAUCUUAUUCAGUAGUUCUUUGAGAUUAGAUUGUGUGUGUGCACAUAUCAUCAUCUAAUGCAAGGAUUAGAUUUCUGAAUUGCAUUGCAACUUAGCAAGACCCUGUUCGAAAAUAAAAUAUAAAAGAGGGCCUGGAGCUGUGGCUCAGUUGUUAAGCAUCUUUUAACUACAUUCAAUCCCUAGUAAUAAAAAAUAAGAAAAUAAGUAUGUAGGAAUUUGUCAGUCUUAGAAAAUAACUUAUAGCCACAUGAUCAUGAUAAUACCAAUGAGUAACACAUACAGUUUAUUACCAGGAAUGGGACUAGCCUCAUACAGCAGAUUUACCAAUAUUUUUCAGUAUAAGGAACCUAUAUUUGGUUUCUAGGCUAAGUAUGUUGUAAUUACCUUCAAUCUAAAGUAAAGAAUGAAUGAAUAAAUAAAUAAAGAUAAUAAGAAACUUUUUACUAGAGAAAUAGUGAUAAAUUUCCAGCCAUCUUGCUUGGUUAUUUAUAUAUCUUCAUCUCCAUGAUUAUUUUCUUUGGUUAAUUAGCUGGCAAUGCGGAUGCAGUACUCCUGAAGGUAGUUAAGCUGUGUAAUAGUAUAUGCAAUAUUUAUGUUAAGCAUAGUACUGUGCAGUUAACAAUGUAAUUUAGUACUCAUUCUCUUAUAUGGUAUUUACCUAACGUAUGUAAUAAGGAUUAUCAUCCUCAUUUCGAGGGUAAGGAAACAGGAGGCAGAGUGGGAUGACACUGCACUGCACCUUGUUCUGUAUAUUAAUGAAUAGUUUAUAACUAUCUGUUUAAUGAGACUAAUUCCUCCUCUCACCUUCCCUUUUCUCUGCAUCUUUUUUCCCUAAGAGGCACACAUUAAAAAAAAAAAAAGGUAAUUCCUCUAGAGUUCUCAGUCUUACAUUAUAUGUCUACUUAUAUAUACUUAUUAUAUAUACUUAUUAUAACAGGAAAAAAUACAUUGUCAAAUUGAUUUAUUUUUAAAGCUUUUGUCAAAAAGGGUGAUCAGAGCCACUUUUCAGAACAAAUCAUUGUACAAAUGGAGUUUUGCACAAUGAGUAUUACCAAUGUUUUUGAAAUUGCCUUUCAUAUUCCUCAAUUCACUCAAGUUGAAUAAAUAGUUAGAUUAUUUUUUUCAAAAUAGAUAAAUGGCUAGAGUUAGGAGUUCUGUGGUGUCCCUUAGCUAUGCAUAUGCACAUUUUGUGGUAUGUAUUAGACAGCUCCUAAAUUUGUAUUCUUGACUUGAAACACAGAUUGAUAUUUUUAGGUGAGUCAUAUUGUUUUUAAAUAAUCAGUUGUUUCAGGUUUUCUAGUUGUGAUUUAUAAUACAAACUUUGCUUUACCGUCUAGUAAGGUAGUUAGAACAAAGGAAUUCUGAUUUCUUGGAGUGAACAUUGUCAGCUCUAUUCACAAUGUAGCAGUAAUUAUAACUUUGAAAACUAAAUAGAGUUUAACUGGGUGAUUCCUAUUCUAAGUGUGCAACUUUAGAAGUACCUCCAAUAAGAUUAUUGGGCUAAGGAUGUUCUGAACUAUAGUGAAAGUUUACCAGGUCCCCCAAAGUGAACUGAGUUUAGGUGGUCUAGUUCCACUCCUUGAAGAAAACUACAGUUUAACAACCUUAAGUUUUCCAGUUUUAAUUUUUCUGCCUUGAAACAUGUAGGAAUCUUGCAUUUUGGCAUUUUAGAGUCCUUUUUUCAGCACCGCCCCCCUUCUCUUUCAUCUCCCCCUAACCCCAAGCAGAGGGCAGAAUUCACUGUGUGUGAGUCAGCAGAAUCUAUACAGCUGAAUCAAUACAACUAGGCUCAUAUUGACAUUCUUCUAACACCCUCCAGGUUUUUAAUUGAGAAUUCUCUACCUCCCCACAGAUUUUAGAAUGAUUAACUCACUGAUAGAAUUCUCUAUUUUCCAGUGCAGCCUUAUAUUAGAUAAUGAUCUAUAUUUGUGCUACAUUUUCUAAAGUAGAGCAUGUUUUCUAUCCAUCCCCACUUAUUUAGUCUUCCAUUGGAUUUCUGUACAAAGAUUGCUGUACAACUGAACACAGGUACUUAAGAAUGUCCCUAUUUGCAAAUUUCAAAGAAAAGAACACAGAGUGAGGCUAAGAAUUUGUGAGAUCUUAAAAUAGUUCUUGAGGAGCUUGUGUUUGGUCAUUUAGUAGAUGUGCAUUAAAUCCCCACUAUGUGUAAGUCAUGUUUGCCUUGAGGAUGUGCCAGAAACAGUUAUGUAAGAACUGGGGAGAAGAUAUGAGUUGGAAAUUUUAGGCUUAAAAUACAUGUCAAAAUCAAUAUGAUACAAGUCUGAAAAUGCUACUUACAGAAAGAAACAAAAUUUAUUUAUUUAUUUAUUUUGUGAAAUAGAUUAGAUUAGAUUCCAGGAACGGUUUCUUGGGGAGGAAAAAAAAAAUGAGCUUUCACUACUAAAUGUUUAAUUUUCUUACGAUUGUACUUAAAGGCAAGCUUCUUACCAAUGCAAUUCCCCCCAACACCUUAAACAUUGGUUAUUAUUCAUGAAAUGGUAUCAAAAAUUGCUGUUUUUCAGGAUAUGUUUUCCCUACUCCAGAAUCUUGGAGAAAUGGAAUCAACAGAGCUCUAGUCAAAGCUCAAAACAGAAUCUUUUGUUUGGAUGGUAGGACCAGGUAGGAGGGUGGGGAGCUGCCCUGAACUCCACUUUUUCCAUAUCUUCUACAAGACAAAACAUCCAUAUACUUCUAGUUUAUGAAAGUUUGAGGUGUCAAAAGAAUCAUGUUCUAAGAAUUUAAAUAUUUUUGGAUUAUUCUGGAGGGAAAAAAUCUCCAUAGCUACUGAUCAUUGAUGUUCCUAGGGAUUUAAAUUUGAAGCAUUCCCACUCAUUUUCAGCUUUAGUUCUUUGCUUAUAUGGAACUUGAACAUUCAUUCUAAAUUUAGUAGUUUAAGGGACUUUUAAAAUUAUUUCAUAUUUAUAAAAAAGAUGAGAGAAGAUCUUUCUCUGUUUUAAUAGUAUUAGUAUUUCCAUGUAUCUGAAAUGUUUUUUAAAGGAAAUACAAAUGAUUAAAUUAUUUUAAAUUAUUAAAUGAUUAAAAAGAAAGCAAGUAAUUUCAAUGAUAGAGAUGAAGAAGCUAGCUGGGUCAUUUGCUACAAGUCCUUAGGCUUGGUAGUGUACCUGGGACUGUUCAGGCCAAAAGUAGUCUUAUCCACCAAUUCUGAGCAGUAAUGAUGAUAUGCCAUCUGACAUUUCUAUGAAGCUCAGUGUUUUCUGAGACCUUCUGACAUGCAUUGUCCUGUUUGUGUGUUGUGACUGAUGAAUAGUGGCCCUAAAAAGUUAAGUGAUUUGCUCAAUAUCAUAAACAUAUAGUUGGCCAAAGAGGAAGACCCCCAGAUCUGAUAGUUUAUUUAACCUUGAACUCUACUCCCCCCCCCCCCCCAAGUGGAGUAUUCAGAAGUACUGCUGAUCCAGCUAAAAUCAUGCAACUGUGUGGAAAGAAAGACAAAGGAGAAAUAGGGAAAGGUUGCUUAUAUGAUAGGGCAUAGUGUCAUUAGCACUUUUCUUCUGUGAUUGCCACAGGGAUGUUGGGAACAAGUGGAUAAAAAUGAUCUUUUGGGCUAAGGACUUUCAAGUCAGUGAUUUCAGCUAAGAUCACCCUACUCUCUGAACAGUUUGAAUAUACAUCACCUUAAAACUGCAAAAAGUAAGAACGAACUAACUAAAGAACAGAAUUUUAGAGGCUUUAUAGUGCUGUCUUCACUACUUACUAUAUUGUGGCCUUAAGCAAGUAGUAACUUAAGGUACCCAUUUCUCAGCCUUAUGUAUAAAAAUUAGAAUGAUCUUGAUAAAUUUAUGACCGAAUUAAGUAAAGACCAAUUGAGGGUAAUUUAUGUGGCAAGUAGUUUGUAAAAUCUGAACCUCUUUAGUUGGCAUUUUCAAAACAUUCUUCAGAAUUACACUUCUCACUUUUCCUGGUCACCCAAACACAGCAUACUGCCAGAAACCAAGCAAGAGGUUAUUUGUAAACCUCAGAAGGAACCAAGGAAGCAAAAUGGCUCUUUGUUCUAGGAUACAAGUUAACUUAGGCUACAAGCUGUUUCUAUCUCUAGCUCAUGUUAGAGUUCCCUUUCAGUAUUGGGGCCUGAAAAACCAGUUAUUCUCCAUUCUUCCUGCAAGAAUGUAUUUACUCUCAUUAGACUGGAGGGGCAAAGAGAUUCAGAUUUAUUUCUGUGGGGCAAAGGAUGUUGGCUGAGCUCACUGUUAAUGGGGGGAGAUAGGGGAGCCAUAUAACAGUUGUGUGAUCAAGGCACACUUUUCAACUUCCGGUGCUCAGUUUCCCCAUUAGUAAAUAUGAGAUAAAACACUUAACAGGGUUCUAAAUAUUAUAUGAUCCCUUUUCUUUAAGGGGCCAGAUGAUAUUUUAGAUUUUGCAGGUUGUAUGGUUUCUGUUGUAACUCAUAGCUAAUGAGGAUUGCUGUAUUCCAGGGAAAUGUCAUGUACUAUGGGCCACAUAUGUCUUGUGGGCUGUAGUUUUUUGAAUCUUGCUUUAGAAUGCUUCACUAAAUAUUUGGUCCUUGUAUACCACCCUGCAUAAUACUAAUAAACACGUUUUAUUGCUGACAUAUGUGCAAGAAUGAUUUGAAUUUGAGUAUUCACGAAAUCAUGAAGAAUAAAGUGUGAAGUAAGAUGCAUGCAUACUAUUUUCUGUUCCAUAAAAACAAAUUUUAAAUGUUCUGUUCAUGCUUUUCUAUCACUUAGUGUUGCAUAUACCAGUUACUGUGCCUUUAUUUCCUCCUUAUUAUAUCACACCUGUGCUAUUUGGCCCCUGUUGCAGUAGAUAGUGAACAGAAACACGUUUUUGAAGGAAAAGAGGCUCUGUUUCUAGUUUGAAAAUGUCCUUGUGAACACAUCUUGAAGAACAGUGUCAGCCAGUUCCAAUCCUUAGUCUUUGAGGAAGCAGGGGUAUCCAGUAGGUACAGUGAAAAGCAGCUUCAUUCUUGGCCUCAUGGAAUUGGAGACUCUUAAACAUUGAACUGGGCAUUAAUCAGAGCUGGGGAAAGUAAGACUACAUUAUUCAUUUUUGGGAUGAGAACUAUAUAAUAGCCUGCCAGUAUGACCAGCUGAUGCCCAGCUAUGUAAGGGUUUAGAAUGUAAGCAAUAAGGUUUCUGGCACUAGGCUUAGAGCUUUCUUGUUUAAAUAGAAACCUUAUAUGAACUUAAAUAAAAAGAGUAUUGCAUCCUCUUUUCUUUCUAGUCACACUGCUUUCCCUUGUAUCCAUUCAUGUGUUGCAUAUUCAAGUAGUAAGUGAGUAAAACUUUCUUACUAGGCCAUUAGAGACCCUUAAAAUAUAUGUGUUCAGUUUACACAGUUUUAGAAGUAGCAGCUUAGAAGAGUGACUGGCCCAAGACCACUGACUUGGCAGGAGGCCAGUGCACAAACAGGUCUUAAUUUCCAGAGCAGUGGUUUUUUUUCCUUCUGAAAUUGUCAUCUUGAGGUUGAUUUUGUUAAGGUUUGAAAUGCUAUCUAGCCAUUGUGAUUGCUAAUGGCAUAUGUCCUAAGUUCUAUCUAUAUAAACAUCAAAUUGUUGGUGGAAUUGUUUGUUUUGAGUGUCUCAGUCCUCAAUUUUAUUUUUCACGUUUUUUGGUAGUUUGGAAGAAUGUCUAAAGUCACAAACCCAAAUUAGUUUAAAUCCUGUCCCCCUUUCUUCCUUAUCCACCUGUUUAUUCAUAUUAACAUUCUUUUCUCUUUAUCUCUCAUUCACUUUUUUAAAGAUAACAUCUCAGUAGUUUUAUCUGAUUCAAAUGAAGAGAACUAGAGCUAAUAAUAUCAAUGGAUACCUGAAUAGUAUUGAAACAUAAAAUGCUUUUGACAGUUACAGAGGAAGACUAUUCAAAAUUCAGCUCAGAAAAAGAGAAUUAAGAAGAUAAGUACUUUGAACAUAAGGAAAUACUUGUUGACAUGCAGGAAUGGUAAUACUUCAUAGCCUAAAGGCUUAUUAUAGCCUUGCAAGUUGGAUAGGCAAAUAUUAAGGGGAAAGGAUGGUACUAGCACUUAGGAUUGAUUCCCAGUCAGUCCUGGGCUAAGAUUUGUUUGCAUUUAACAGUGAGAAUAUUAUUUUUACAUAAUACUUGUUGCCCAGGAUGGGUACUUUAAUAUAGGGAGCAGCAUUAGUCAAGAAUUGGACUUUAUUUUAUAGGAGCUUCCUUUGGUCUUCUUUCCUUGAACAGUUAUUGUGAUGCAAACAAUAUCUAUUUGGUUUUAAUUACUUUAGAGAGCUGUUUUGUAGAUUUAGGCAUAUUAUAAAGGACUUUGCUAUAGAGAAUGAAGUACAUGCCAAGGAAUAGAGAGAUAAAGCCUGAAGGUACAGAGUUUUUAGAAACCAGGUUUAUUUUUUGCAGUAAAGCCUAAUUUCUUUGUAUGUUAUAAGGUUGGUAAUUUUGGUACAUCCUAUUCUGUACCCAGACAUAUCACUAAGGGAAGAUUUGAUGAGCAUGGUACCUUUAAGAACAAAAACCUAUUUUGGGGAUAUUAUAAAAACUGUUAUAUCUCUUUUUCUUUCUUGAAAAAUGAUGAAGAGCAACUGAUAUUAGAGUGAUAACUAGAUUGUCCACUCUUUUUUUUUUUUAAGAGAGAGAGAGAGAGAAUUUUAAUAUUUAUUUUUUAGUUUUCGGUGGACACAACAUCUUUGUUUGUAUGUGGUGCUGAGGAUCAAACCCGGGCCGCACACAUGCCAGGCGAGCGCGCUACCACUUGAGCCACAUCCCCAGUCCUGUCCACUCUUUUUUUAUAUUUAUUUUUUAGUUGUAGUUGGACACAAUACGUUUAUUUUAUUUAUUUUUAUGUGGUGCUGAGGAUCGAACCAAAGGGCCUCACACGAGCUAGAUGAACGCUCUACCGCUGAGCUACAACCCCAGCUAGAUUACCCACUCUUAAGUGGUCUGUUUGAAUCAUCUUACUCCAUUAUUUUCUUCAUUUUCCUAAUCAAUAGCCAGACAGAGGUAGUUAGUAUUUAAUCUCUUCCUCCUACUUAACCCAUUGUCAUUAAUUUUUCUAACUUUGCCCAUCUAUCCUGGGUAGAACUGAAGAACUUCUGGCUUUCAGAAGACUUACACUUGGGCAUGGCACAUACCCCAUUUCCAGCCUCUCUUUUUUUUCUUUUUGGUAUUGGGGAUUGAACUCAGGGGCACUCAAUCACUGAGCCAUAUCCCUAACUCUAUUUUGUAUUUUAUUUAAAGACAGGGUCUCACUGAGUUGCUCAGCACCAUUCUGUUGCUGAGGCUGGCUUUGAACUCCUGCUCCUCUUGCCUCUGCGUCCCAAGUUCCUGGGAUUACAUGCGUGUACCUCUGUGCCCAGCCAUUUCCAGCCUUUAAAGCUGCCUUGCAAAUUCUAGGACCUUCUUGCACAUGUGUAUAUGUAUGUGUAUGGUUCUUUCUGUCAUCCCUUUUAUCUUAAAUCCACUUUAGUAAGUCAGCUUCAGGCGGCUUUCUGAUUAUAGUCCUUCUUGAUUUAAAGAUUCAGGGAGACGCUCAUUUAUUCUGAGCUUCCUAUAACAGUUUCUGUGACCACUUCCUUUGGUUGUUCAGGCAAUCCCAGUAAGUCUCUCUUGGGGUCAAACUUUCUAAGCUGCCCUUUUUCUCAGAGUGGCUGUACCUAGUGACUCCCUUGCCCUUCACUCUGUAGUUAUCAGACUGUGCUAGGUGAUGUGGGGGAUCCAGAGAUGAAUCAUACUCAGAUCCUAUCCUCUGGUUUGUUCACCAGAGCCAGGCAUUGUGUUACACACCUGUAAUCCCAGUGACUCAGGAGGCUGAGGCAGGAAGAUUGCAAGUGGAGGCCAGCCUCAACAACUUAGACCCUAUCUCAAAAUUUAAAAAUGAAAAGGUCUGAGGAUAUAGCUCAGUGAUGGAGUACCCCUAGGUUAAAUCCUUAGUGCAAAAAGAGAAAAAAAGGAACUUGUAUACCAGGAGGGGACAUAGACAUAAACAUAAUGAUCAUACAAGGUUAUGCAUGAGGGCAGAAAGAGAGCAGCAGAUCAGGGGCUUUGCAGGUUCACAAGAAGGAGGGGCCACUUGCAGAUGGGGAUAUUUAAAGAAGACUGUGUAGAGAAAUGGUAGUUGAGCUGAGCAUUGAAGAAACUACCUUUUCAUUAUGGACUUUGAUUCUUCCCUGUCUAGUUGUGGAAAGCAAACUUUUAAAAAACAGAUAAAUUAAUAUGUACUGGGAGCUGAGAUUACUUUCAAUUCAAUUCUUACCUCAUGAUUAAACAGUUAAACAGUCUUAUUCAAGGAGUUAUAAAGUAAUUAGUGAACAUGAAUAAUAAAUUGAACAUUAAAAAUGAACUAAAGUUGGGAAAUUCUAUAUUGCAUUUUUCAUAAGAGUGAUCUAAGCUAAUGUGGCAUGGUCUUAAGACUGUUUUGUCUACUGUCAGCUUUAUAUAUAAAUAGCUUUCCCCAGUGGUAGAGAUAGUGACUUAACAUGGAAUGAAAAUAAUCCUUAAAUAAAUCUCUUGUAACUUUUAAAUGCAUGCCUUCUUUCAUCACCCAGAUGAACCCAACACAUUUUCUAUGGGCCACUGAUGUUAUAAAUUGGCUACUUCUGUAGUAAAAUCGGUUCAGUUACAAUUAAUGUGUUAAUGGCAUUUAAAAUUGCUUCAUAUUUUUUAACUUGUUGGUGUCUCUGGCCAGCAAAAUUAUUUUGUUUUCAAUUAGACAUUAUUACUUGAAUGUCAAAUCAUACCUCAAUGAGAGAAUAUUGAGAACACUAAUUAGUUUUUCAUAAAAUACAUUGCUUGGCUUAUUUAUUUAUUUUUUAUUGACAUGAGGUCUCGCUAUGUUGCUCAGGCUGGUCUUAAACUCCUGGCCUCAGGGAAUCCUCCAUCUUCAGCCUUCCUAGUAGCUGGGUCUAUAGGCACAUGCCAUUGCACCUGGCUUGGUCUAAUGUUUUAAUGCUCAAUGCACUGAAUGGAUCUGCUUUAGGAAAAGCCUUUUGAUAAAAGGACUCACCUUUUCCAGGAAUUUACAAUUAACUUAUGUUCUUCCAAGAGAUAUUACUAAUCGUCUCUGCAAAGAUGCUAGAAAACAUGCUUCAGAUCUUUUAUCUUUCUUUUUUUUCCCCCAUGGGAGGAUCUUUGUCCUAAAUAGAGAGUACUUUUGUCUUUUGAGAUCAGGAAUUUAUUUAAAAAAAAAAAAAAGGAGAAGGAAUAAAGAAAGUGUGGCUGGAUGGAAAAAAAUAUAAAGACUGUAAUUAAUUGCAAAGCUCAGAUGUAACUUACCUUGUAAAUUAAACUUAAUGUAAAGAAGAACAUUCAGAUCUGUCCAAUGAUGGAAAAGAAUGCCUUACCAGUAAGCCAGUUUUCUGAACUAGAGAGAGAGAGAGACAGGCACUCAAAUUUAAGCUGGAUGACUACUUAAGGGAGAGUCCUGGGGUUGAAACAAGAGAUUAAAGAGGAGUUGGACCCCAUGCAGAGUGGUGGGCCUGGUUGUCUCUUGGUGUCUUUUCAGUGCUCAACUCCUCUGAUGGAAUAAAAUAUAAGAGGCAUUAUUAUUGACUUGUAUUUUUUGCUGCUAUCUUCUCAAGUUAAAACUUAACAUUUAAUACAUUUCUAGUUAAGAAAUAUUUGAUAACUUCUGUUUGGCCACAACUCCACUACAACAAUGUGUGGCUCUGAGCCAGCUAAAGAUUCAUUCGUGAUCUAUUGACUACACGGACUGACCUUGCUGCAUAUGCAGAGUUGGAGCAGUUCAAUAUGUAAAAGCAAACCAAACAGUGAUUGUAUAAAAAUGCUUCUUGAAUUGUGUACUUUUGUGAUGUAUUUGGGAAGAGAUCAGAGGACAGCUGAAACUUGUUACUACGGCUGGGUGCAGUGGCGCAUGCCUGUAAUCCCAGUGGUUGAGGAUUUCGAGUUCAAAGCCAGCCUUAGCAAAAAGCAAGGUGCUGAGCAACUCCUGAGACCCUGUCACUAAAUAAAAUACAAAAUAGGACUGGGGAUGUAGCUCAGUGGUUGAGUACCCCUGAGUUCAAUCCCCAGUACCACACACAUACAAACACACCAAAAAAACAAACAAAAAAAAAACCAAAAAAACCUUGUUACCAAACUUCUAAAUCUUACAGACCUUUGCACUCCAUUUAAACCUACCCAUCGUUAGUGAAUGUACGAAGAUGUCACAUUGGUAACAGUGCAUCUUCCUCCUUUAACUGUAUAGCAGUUUGUGUGGAAGAUUGUGCUAAGAUCAUACCUGUCCAUGGACCCAUGCUGUGAAAGGUUAGAUUCUUUUUUGAGCUUUUUUUCAUAAUUUUCAUUUCCAGAAAGAUUUUUUAUUUGCCCAUUUAAAAGGUUUAGAUUUUAUCACUCUCUUAAUUGUCAUGAAUACCUUAUAGAAAACUAUUAAUAAAAAUAAAUUAAUAUUCUCUAGAUUACCUUGAAUUUUUUCUUAUAAAUGCAUCUUAAGUUGUAUAUAGAUCAUGUGUAUGUGCUAAUAAGUGGAAAUGUCAUGAGAGCUGAAUUGAGGGGAAUCUCACUGGAUUAUUUAAUACUACUCACUGAGUAUUAAAUAAUACCCAGCCGUAGUAACAAGUUUCAGCUGUCCUCUGAUCUCUUCCCAAAUACAUCACAAAGGUACACAAUUCAAGAAGCACUUUUAUAAAAUCACUGAUUUUAUCUAGUCAUUUCCAACUGUGAUUCAAUACUUCCCUUUAACUCCUUCCAGAAACUCCAAGAACAUACUGCUUCCCAGAUACUUUAGAGUUCUUGUUGAUGUAUAGAGCUGUUUAUAGGCCUCCAGCACCAAAAAUUGGCUCCAAACCUUUUCCCAUUACAUCAUCACCCACUAAUGUCAUUAUACCAGAGUGAAGUCUGCUUUGAAGAUUAAACUUCUGUUUUCCUUCCAUUUUUUCCUCUCUCAUUUUCUUUGGAAGGAAAAGGGGAGGGAGGUCAGAGACCUGAGACAAACAUUUUUGUGAACUGAACAUCCUUUUAGGCUAAGCCUAGAUUUGUCAGUCUUCAGUUUCAUUCUGCUGAUGGAAACUGAUCUGCCAGCAUGCAUCCACAUGGAGUCUGGAAAGUGACACGUUUGAUCAUGUGAUACCUAGCUUUGGUGCCUUUUCUUUCAGUCACUCAGAAUUAGUUCUAAACAACUUACAUAGCUCUCUGCCAGUAUCCUGUCACUGGCAUGUUAAGCCUUUUCAAAUAAUUCUCUGGAAUAGAAAUUCUUAGGAGAUCACCAAGUUUCUCGUUCUUUGUGCCUAAUUACAGUGUUGCUUGCAUUUAACUGUUUGUCAGAUAAGCAUUUAAGCAAUCUGGAAGAUUUUUUUUUCUUGUUUCCCUCCAUAAUUUUUUAAAGACAUUACAAUAUUAUCUACAGUUAGAACUAAUGUGGGGAUUCAUAUUUAUCACAAAACACUUGACCAAAUGUAGGUUCUGUCUCUCUUUAUGCUAAUUUUAAUUCACCAUUAUUUCAACUGUCUUUAAAGCUUCUGUUUGCCAGUGUGUUAUGUUUGGCUUUGUGCCAAAAAGCAAGGUUCUCGUCAGGAAAGAUUUAGGAAGUAGGUAGUUUCAGUUCAGACUUCAUGUCACCCACUUAGUUAUUGACGUGGUCUUUUUUUUUUUUUAAAUAUUUAUUUAUUUAUUUUUAGUUUUCAGCGGACACAACAUCUUUGUAUGUGGUGCUGAGGAUCGAACCCGGGCCGCACGCAUGCCAGUUAUCGAAAUGUCCACAGAAGGAGGAUUUGGCGGUACUAGUAGCAGUGAUGCUCAGCAAAGCCUCCAGUCCUUCUGGCCUCGUGUUAUGGAAGAAAUCCGGAAUUUAACAGUGAAAGAUUUCCGAGUACAGGAACUCCCACUGGCUCGUAUUAAGAAGAUUAUGAAACUGGAUGAAGAUGUGAAGAUGAUCAGUGCAGAAGCCCCUGUGCUCUUUGCCAAGGCAGCCCAGAUUUUUAUCACAGAACUGACUCUUCGAGCCUGGAUCCAUACAGAGGAUAACAAGCGCCGCACCCUUCAGAGGAAUGAUAUCGCCAUGGCAAUUACAAAAUUUGAUCAGUUUGACUUUCUCAUCGAUAUUGUUCCAAGAGAUGAACUGAAACCUCCAAAGCGUCAGGAGGAGGUGCGCCAGUCUGUGACUCCUGCCGAGCCUGUCCAGUACUACUUCACGCUGGCUCAGCAGCCCACUGCCGUCCAAGUCCAGGGGCAGCAGCAAGGCCAGCAGACCACCAGCUCCACGACCACCAUCCAGCCUGGGCAAAUCAUCAUUGCACAGCCUCAGCAGGGCCAGACCACACCAGUGACAAUGCAAGUUGGAGAAGGUCAGCAGGUACAGAUUGUCCAGGCGCAACCUCAGGGUCAAGCCCAGCAGGCUCAGAGUGGCACUGGUCAGACCAUGCAGGUGAUGCAGCAGAUCAUCACUAACACAGGAGAGAUCCAGCAGAUCCCGGUGCAGCUGAAUGCUGGUCAACUGCAGUAUAUCCGCUUAGCCCAGCCUGUAUCAGGCACUCAAGUCGUGCAGGGACAGAUCCAAACACUUGCCACCAAUGCCCAACAGAUCACACAGACAGAGGUCCAGCAAGGACAACAGCAGUUCAGCCAGUUUACAGAUGGACAGAGGAACAGCGUGCAGCAAGCCCAAGGCUCUGAGCUAACGGGAGAGGCAGAGCCCAGAGAAGUGAAAGCCACAGGAAAUGCAACUCCCUGCACCUCUUCCCUGCCCACCACACACACUCCCUCCCACCAGGCUGAUGCCUCCUGUGUCUGCUGCUCCCUGCCCCAGCAGAGCGCCACACCUGCUCCUCCCUCUGAUGCCUUGCAGUGGGUGGUGGUUGAGGUUUCUGGGGCCCCCAACCAGCUCGAGGCCCAUAGGGAGCUGCAUGCCCCUCUCCCGGGGGUGACCUCACUCUCUCCUCUCCACCCCUCGCAGCAGCUCUACCAGAUCCAGCAAGUCACCAUGCCUGCGGGCCAGGACCUCGCCCAGCCCAUGUUCAUCCAGUCAGCCAACCAGCCCUCGGAUGGGCAGGCCCCCCAGGUGACCGGCGACUGAGGGCCUGAGCUGGCAAGGCCAAGGAUACCCAACACAAUUUUUGCCAUACAGCCCCAGGCGAUGGGCGCAGCCUCCCUCCCCAGAGGACCCUGCCGACCUCAGCGCCUCCUGCAGGCUAGGACAUUGGUGCACUACACCCCACGCCUGUGGGCCGAGAUUUUCCAACAAAAAGAUGCAAUAUUUUUUAUUUCCUUUUUUUUCCCACUUUUUUCCUCCAAGAAAUCAAUAUUUCAAUGUCAAGCUAUGUGUCCAAUGCUAUGAAAUGAGAAUAUUAAAUAACAUAUUUAUGGCAUUUUCUUGAAGUGUGUGGUUGAAGAAAUAUUUCUCCUUUGGUUUUUCUUGUUCUGCUUCUCACCGCCACUUGUUUUAGGAGAUCUUCCUAGGGGUGCAGAGGAUAUCCUGAUUCUUGGAACAGCUGCUGUCCCAAGAUUUGCCACCUUGUUCUGUGUUCAGACAGGGUCAGGUGAAUGUGUGCAGCUUCUUUUCUCUCAUGCUCUUCUCCCCAUCCCCAUCUCCAUUUUCACCCGGAGCUCUAUGUUUGUAUCCAGAGGCCACAGGAAACAUUCCUUGCAUUUUGGAGAUGAACUCAUUCCCCACGGAGAGCAAUGGUUUAUUCCUACACCUUUCUCUCCUGGGAACCCAAGGAGACUAGAAUUUCGUGUAUGUGCUGCCCUCCUCCUUUAUUUUAUUUUUUUAAAUGCAUUAAAAAAAAAUUGUGCUAGUCUCCUUUGCUGCAUGGACUUCAAAACUGCAUGAAAUGCAAUAAAUCUCAUUUUAGAUA